AGCCGGGGGCAAAGCAUCCUGGCUUGGGCCUCGGGCGCCGCCGCCACUGCCGUCGGGGGAGGUCCCAGCGCGGACAUGUCCUCGCGCGGCGCCCUCCCGGGCUCGAGCCCCCGGCACCCGGCGCAAUAGUCCCGCGCAGAGGCGGCUGGACGGCGCGGACGGCCAGGCAGGCGGCAUGGAAGAGGCACACCUGCUCCCGGCUGCCGACGUGCUGCGCCGCUUCUCGGUGACAGCCGAGGGUGGCCUCAGCCCGGAGCAGGUGACCAGAGCGCGGGAGCGCUACGGCCCCAACGAGCUCCCGACUGAGGAAGGGAAGCCCCUGUGGGAACUGGUGCUGGAGCAGUUUGAUGACCUCCUGGUGCGCAUCCUGCUGCUGGCCGCCCUCGUCUCCUUUAUCCUGGCCUGGUUCGAGGAGGGUGAGGAGACCACGACAGCCUUCGUGGAGCCCUUGGUCAUCGUGCUGAUCCUCGUGGCCAAUGCAGUCGUGGGCGUGUGGCAGGAACGCAAUGCUGAGAGUGCCAUUGAGGCCUUGAAGGAGUACGAGCCUGAGAUGGGCAAGGUGAUCCGCUCAGACCGAAAAGGCGUGCAGAGGAUCCGUGCCCGGGACAUCGUGCCUGGGGAUAUUGUGGAAGUGGCAGUGGGAGACAAAGUGCCCGCUGACCUCCGUCUCAUCGAGAUCAAGUCUACCACGUUACGAGUGGACCAGUCCAUCCUGACGGGUGAAUCUGUGUCUGUGACCAAGCACAAGGAUGCCAUUCCGGAUCCCAGAGCUGUGAACCAAGACAAGAAGAACAUGCUAUUUUCCGGCACCAAUAUUGCAUCUGGCAAAGCAGUGGGUGUGGCAGUGGCCACAGGUCUGCACACGGAGCUUGGCAAGAUCCGGAGCCAGAUGGCAGCUGUGGAGCCUGAGCGGACGCCGCUACAGCGCAAGAUGGAUGAGUUUGGGCGCCAGCUGUCCCAUGCCAUCUCCGUGAUCUGCGUGGCUGUGUGGGUCAUCAAUAUUGGCCACUUUGCUGACCCAGCCCAUGGGGGCUCCUGGCUCCGAGGUGCCAUCUACUACUUUAAGAUUGCGGUGGCCCUGGCAGUGGCUGCUAUUCCCGAGGGCCUCCCAGCAGUCAUCACUACAUGCCUGGCGCUGGGCACACGGCGCAUGGCGCGCAAGAAUGCCAUUGUGCGGAGCCUGCCCUCUGUGGAGACCCUGGGCUGCACUUCUGUCAUCUGCUCUGACAAGACGGGAACACUCACCACCAACCAGAUGUCUGUCUGUAGGAUGUUCGUGGUAGCUGAAGUGGAAGCAGGCUCCUGUCGAUUGCACGAAUUCACCAUCUCGGGUACCACCUAUGCCCCAGAAGGCGAAGUGCUGCAGGGGGAGCAGCCUGUGCGCUGCGGGCAGUUCGAUGGGCUGGUGGAGCUGGCGACCAUCUGUGCCCUGUGCAACGACUCCGCUCUGGACUACAACGAGGCCAAGGGUGUCUAUGAGAAGGUGGGCGAGGCCACGGAGACAGCACUGACUUGCCUGGUGGAGAAGAUGAAUGUGUUUGACGUGGACCUGCAGGCUCUCUCCCGGGUGGAGCGAGCCGGUGCCUGCAAUGCGGUCAUCAAGCAACUCAUGAAGAAGGACUUCACCCUCGAGUUCUCCCGGGACCGGAAGUCCAUGUCGGUGUACUGCACACCCACCCGUUCUGACCCCAAGACCCAGGGCAGCAAGAUGUUUGUGAAGGGGGCUCCCGAGAGUGUGCUGGAACGCUGCAGCUCAGUUCGUGUGGGGAGCCGCACGGCUCCCCUGAACACCGCCUCCAGGGAGCAGAUCCUGGCAAAGAUCCGAGACUGGGGCUCGGGCUCAGAUACGUUGCGCUGCCUGGCACUGGCCACCCAGGACGCCCCUCCAAGGAAGGAGGACAUGCAGCUGGAUGACUGCAGCAAGUUUGCCCAGUACGAGACAGACCUGACCUUCGUGGGCUGUGUGGGAAUGCUGGACCCACCCCGGCCUGAAGUGGCUGCCUGCAUCACACGCUGCCACCGGGCGGGCAUUCGUGUGGUCAUGAUCACAGGGGACAACAAAGGCACAGCUGUGGCCAUCUGCCGCCGGCUUGGCAUCUUCGAGGAGUCGGAGGAUGUGGUGGGCAAGGCCUACACGGGCCGCGAAUUCGACGAUCUUAGCCCUGAACAGCAGCGCCAUGCCUGUCGCACUGCCUGCUGCUUCGCCCGCGUGGAGCCCGCACACAAGUCCCGAAUCGUGGAGUACCUGCAGUCCUUUAACGAGAUCACUGCUAUGACUGGCGAUGGGGUGAAUGAUGCACCAGCUCUGAAGAAAGCAGAGAUUGGCAUUGCCAUGGGCUCAGGCACGGCGGUGGCCAAGUCAGCGGCAGAGAUGGUACUGUCCGAUGACAACUUUGCCUCCAUUGUGGCUGCGGUAGAAGAGGGCCGGGCUAUCUACAACAACAUGAAGCAAUUCAUCCGCUACCUCAUCUCAUCAAAUGUCGGCGAGGUGGUCUGCAUCUUCCUCACGGCAAUUCUGGGCCUGCCUGAAGCCCUGAUCCCCGUGCAGCUGCUCUGGGUGAACCUGGUGACAGACGGCUUACCUGCCACUGCCCUUGGCUUCAACCCUCCAGACCUGGACAUCAUGCAAAAGCUGCCCCGGAAUCCUCAUGAGGCUCUUAUCAGUGGCUGGCUCUUUUUCCGGUAUCUGGCUAUUGGAGUGUACGUGGGCCUGGCCACAGUGGCUGCUGCCACCUGGUGGUUCCUGUAUGAUGCCGAGGGACCACACGUCACCUUCUACCAGCUGAGGAACUUUCUGAAGUGCUCUGAAGACAACCCACUCUUUGCUGGAAUCGACUGUGAGGUCUUCGAGUCCCGCUUCCCCACAACCAUGGCCUUAUCUGUGCUCGUGACCAUCGAAAUGUGCAACGCCCUCAACAGUGUCUCGGAGAACCAGUCGCUGCUGCGGAUGCCGCCCUGGCUGAACCCCUGGCUGCUGGCCGCUGUGGCCAUGUCCAUGGUCCUGCACUUCCUCAUCCUGCUCGUACCGCCCCUGCCUCUCAUUUUCCAGGUGACUCCACUGAGUGGGCGCCAGUGGGUGGUGGUGCUCCAGAUAUCCCUGCCCGUUAUCCUGCUUGAUGAGGUCCUCAAGUACUUGUCUCGCCAUCACAUGGACGGCAUUCUCCUGACAGUCCUGCAGGCCUGGAGUAGGCAGCCGCUGACUACCGCUCGGACCCCAGACCACACCGGGUUGGCCUCUUUGGUGUCAUCUCGUGGAAAAAAGGGACCCGAAGUGAAUGCUGGGAACCGAGCGGAGCCUCCAGUGACAACCUCAGACUGAUGGUGCCCAAGCUUUGCCUUCACUUCCCUCCCCUGCCACUGAGCCCACCCACCUGCCACCAGACCCUGCCUGAGGCCAAGACAGCCACUCCAAGGCCCAGGCCCAGGCUGCAGGUCCACCCUGAGGCCCAGGCCCAGGCUGCGGGUCCCUGUCCCCACAUCUGUCUGAGCUGGAGGCUCGGUAGUCUGUCUCUCUUGGACCCUCCUGGGAAGUUCUGGCUGGGGCUUCUAAGAAGCCAGAGCUGGCACAGAUCACAAGAGGUGGAAUCCCUUCCCGGGGAAUCCUGGAGAUGCUCCCCUUGCUAGAGGAUGGGUAUUUACUUGGUGACCAGGACCUCCACACUGACAGAGGAUUCCUGGGGCCCUUGGGACUGACUCUGACUUCUUAAUGCCUAGCCUGGAACCUGAUUGGCCCAGAGAGGGAGGCCCAAGGGGCCAUCUGGGCCCAGCUGUGGACAGAAAGGCCGGCAGCCCCCUUCACUCGGCUGUCCCCUCCUGAGAGCUGGAGCCUGUCUCCAGGCAUCAGGGGGUUGAAGGGCAGGGAGGACACAAGGUGCUGGGAGAAGGGGCUGGCAAGGACCCUCUUUCCCAGGAGACACUGGGCCACCUGACCCAGCUUGGCUUACUUCUCCAACUCAGGUUUCCCUAUCCUAAGCAAGCAGCUUAGGGUUGCCUGGUCUGCCAAGAGAAGGAACCUGUUUAUGUCCCUGGGCACCCACGGGUGCCUGACCAUUGUGCCCUCCUGAGUGACCAUUCUGGCACAGCUCGGUGAUGCUGAGUCUCCUACACUCUUGGCGUCCCUCUUUGUCCAUCCCUCCUACUCACACACCCAUGAGCUAGCAGGAUAUCAGGAAGGAUAAUUACUUGGGACUCUUGCAGUCCCUCAGGGCUGGAGGAAUUCAGCACAUCUGUGAGUCUGUGUCAAGUGGUAGAAGACAACACUGGAUGGACGGGUUUUUCUAAUAACUCUACUUUUGCUCCUUUAGCAAAAACCAGCUAGCUGUAGCAAAGAACAGUGUCUGUCUCCACCCCUCCUUGAGAGUGCACAAAGUGAUUAUUUUAUAUGUGAAUCAAGAUUCACAUCCUUGUGCUAGUCCCCAGAAUCACAAGCCCCUUCAGCUGGUCUUGCAGACAAAUGGGGUCACCCUUGCAGAGCUCCUUACCCCACGGCCUCCUCCUUCCCCUCUCUCUCUCGAGUUCUGGAAGGGCCAUGAAAGAAACCAAGUCGGGAGAGUCAUGCCUGUGGCAGGGCCCUGCACCCACCUGCUGACAUACCUGCCAUUUUGUAGAGAAAUAAAGACUGUGUGUAUGGGGCA